AAAGACUACAAGAAGAAGAACACCGGCCUAUUCACCGACGUUAAAAGGACGUCAGAGGAGUUAUUUGUUUACCCCUCUGUUUCCAUGUGGCGUUUUCGUCAACACGUUGCACGAACAACUUUGUGGAACUUAGUAGUCAGAAGUUGGUAGUAAGUGAGACAUGCUCCGCGCAGCUCGGUCGUGCCCACAGUGCGGCUCGUCAAGUGUCGUUCAGGAUGAUCUCUACGCGGAGUCCCAACUCGUCUGUCAGGACUGUGGCUCUGUGGUGUCCGAAGGACUUCUCGUCACGGACACGGGCGCGGGAACAGAAGAUGUUCGGUAUAGUCACAGCACAGCUGUGUCAAAGGUACCCUGCAGAAAUCUGAUAAAGGGACUGCAGCGUGUGCGAGCGUUGUGCCGCAUCCUACGGCUCAGCUACGAUGUGGAGGAGCUGGCGGAGGUUUACUUCAGGCAGGCGUACACCCACACCAGCUUCAUCCGCGUCACGCUCGCCAAGAAGGAGGCGCUGGUGGGCUGCUGCGUGCUGGUGAGCUGCCGGCUGCGCAACUGGCCCCUCGCCCUGGGCACCAUCAGCGGCCUGGUGGAGACGGACCCCGCGCUGGUGGGAGGGGUCUUCAAGCAGCUGGAGAAGGUCCUGGACGUGGAGGUCCCCAAGAGCAGCAUCACCUACGUGCUGGAGGCCCACUCCCGGGAGUACAAACUGAGCAGCGCUCACGUCCCGGAGGAGCUGGCCGAGACCUCGGCGGACCUGGCCAAGCGCGCCGUGGCGCUGGUGGAGCUGGCCACGGACAGCUGGAUCGUCACGGGCCGCCACCCGGUCCCCAUCAUGAUGGCGGCCAUCUUCAUCGGCUGGCAGUCGCUGAGGCCCACCAAGACGCGCCUGCGCUACUCCCUGAACAAGUUCUGCCGGCUGUCGCACAUGCCCCUGAACAAGACGGCGGCGCAGCGCGUGGGGGAGAUGAGGGAGGUGCUGUGCCGGCUGGGCCAGGAGAUCCCCUGGCUGAGCGGGGGGGCCCCGGACGACGUGGCUCUGCACGUGGAGGACAUCCUGCAGCACCGCCACGCCCUGCUGAGGGAGGCCCUGCGCACCCACGAGGCGAGCCAGAGGGCCGAGGAGGAGGAGAGCCGGGGGACUGAAGAAGAAGAGGAGGAGGAGAGCCGGGGGACUGAAGGGGAGAGCCCGGGGGCCCAAGAGGACAGACGGGGGACCCAGGAGGAGACCCAGGGGAAUGGAAUCCAGCCCAGCACCGUAGACCCCCCACCGCGAGCCCCCGGCCAUCAGCCCGACGGGACAGAUUCACCGCCAGAGCCGUGCACGCUGAAGGCCGUAAAUGGAGAUCCUGAGGAGGGAGGCGGCGAAACGCAAGGUACCCAGGAGCAACGGCCGGCGGUCCACUGGGGCAAGAGGGCGAUGUUCGCCCCGCCCUGCGCCCGCCACGCCAAGGUCUGUAGGACGGAUGCUUCGCGGUGGGCCGAAGUGAACGGAGACGAGGAGAUUUCCGACAGCGAGAUCGACUCGUACAUACGCAGGCCUCAGGAAGUGAGGGACUACCUGCAGACGCAGCAGCAGCUCCUCGCCGCCACCGAGGACCAAGAAUAUUCUGGAAAGAAGUGAAGGAUGUUCCUGGGAAUGUUCAGUGCACUUUAAUUCGAUUAUUUUUAUGCCUACACUGAUGGAAAUACUGUAUAUUAAUAACUAUUUUUCAGUUUGAACAUUUGCUGGAUUUUGUUUGAAUUGUGCGCAAUUGCCACUAAAGUGAGUUUCUGUUUUUCUACAAUUACCUUAAAAUAAAUAACUUUUUUUCAUU